UGUUGCUCUUUUCACACUGUGUCUAGCCUCUGCCUGGGAGCACCUCCGCUGGUGGUGGUUACUGUAGAGUUGUGCUAGAGUAUCCUGACAAUUCCAGUUAUUUGUCUGCUCUGCCCAUUUCCCUUUUUCUGCAUUUUUCUCCUGGAAUUAAUAAUUGUCUUUAUGUGUACUUAGCUAUUGUUUGCUUUGCUCAAGUCUCUUAGUUGUAAAGCUAAAGACACUAGAUUGAUGGAGGAACUGUGAAUGGUGUUGGCAUUGCAUAUGUUUCCUUCCAAUCUUGUAUUUAGUAUUUUCCAUUAUAAUGUGCAAUAUUUUUAUAUAACUAGUAGCUGUUUAACUGUUUAACUUUAAUGUUCUUAGUAUAACUUUAAGCAUAAAACUUAGUUUAAAUUUAUUUGAACUUUACUGAAAUAGAUAAUUACUUGUAUUUUGAAUGCUCAGUUUAGAAAAAAAGCAAAACUCAGAAUCUACCUCUCUGGUGUCUGGCACCUUAGGUACUACUUACGGACCCCAAACACUUGAUGAACAGCGUGAGGGACUGCUUUCUCCUGCUAGAUCAGCUCCGUAUAAAAUAAGACACUAAGUUUGAAAAGCUGCAAGCAUUGAUCUAUAUUAAUAGGUGUUUUAAAACUUCAUGUUAAAAUCUAGCUUUAAAAGUGAAUUUUGAAAUGAAAAUUGAAUGUAUUGUAUUCAACAUUUUGAUGUGAAAAGUAAUGUGUUUCAACUUUUUCAAAUUAACACCGAUAGCCUUACUAGAUCCCACCAUUAAUUUGACUACAGGUUGCUGCUUUUCCUUGCGAUCACUUUCACUGAUUCUGUACUGGCAGAAAUGCUGAGCUUCCUACGAAGAACGCUUGGCCGCCGGUCUAUGCGCAAGCAUGCUGAAAAGGAGCGACUCCGAGAGGCGCAGCGUGCUGCCACACACAUUCCUGCGGCUGGAGAUGCCAAGUCCGUCAUCACAUGCAGGGUGUCCCUUCUGGAUGGUACAGAUGUUAGUGUGGACCUGCCGAAAAAAGCCAAAGGACAGGAGCUGUUUGACCAAAUUAUGUAUCACCUGGACUUGAUUGAAAGUGACUAUUUUGGUCUGAGAUUCAUGGACUCAGCCCAAGUAGCACAUUGGCUGGAUGGUACAAAAAGUAUCAAAAAGCAAGUAAAAAUUGGUUCACCCUAUUGUCUUCAUCUUCGAGUUAAGUUUUAUUCCUCGGAACCAAAUAAUCUUCGUGAGGAGCUAACCCGGUAUUUAUUUGUUCUUCAGCUAAAACAAGAUAUUCUCAGUGGGAAGUUAGAGUGUCCCUUUGAUACAGCAGUUCAAUUGGCGGCUUAUAAUCUGCAAGCUGAACUUGGCGACUAUGAUCUUGCUGAACAUAGUCCUGAACUGGUCUCUGAGUUCAGGUUUGUGCCCACCCAGACUGAAGAGAUGGAACUGGCUAUUUUUGAGAAAUGGAAGGAAUACAGAGGUCAGACACCAGCACAAGCUGAAACCAAUUACCUGAAUAAAGCCAAAUGGCUGGAAAUGUAUGGCGUUGAUAUGCAUGUGGUCAAGGCUAGAGAUGGCAAUGACUAUAGCUUGGGACUGACUCCAACAGGAGUCCUUGUUUUUGAAGGAGAGACCAAAAUUGGCCUGUUUUUCUGGCCCAAAAUAACCAGAUUGGAUUUUAAGAAGAAUAAACUAACUCUGGUGGUCGUGGAAGAUGAUGAUCAGGGCAAAGAACAAGAGCAUACCUUCGUCUUUAGAUUGGAUCAUCCUAAAGCCUGCAAACACUUAUGGAAAUGUGCUGUGGAACACCAUGCCUUCUUCCGACUCCGAGGACCUGUCCAAAAGGGUUCUCAUCGAUCGGGAUUCAUUCGACUAGGAUCACGAUUUAGAUACAGUGGAAAAACAGAGUAUCAGACCACAAAAACUAAUAAAGCAAGAAGAUCGACCUCCUUUGAAAGAAGGCCCAGCAAGCGAUAUUCCCGACGGACCCUGCAAGUGAAAGCAAGCACAGCAAAGCCUGACGAUCUUGGUGUUCAUAAUGCUUCGGCCCAGAACAAUGACUCCCAACAGGCUUGGGGUAUGAAGUCUCCUGUGCCUGUCACUUCUUUCUCAUCCUCUGGUCCUGUGCUGGUGGAGACAGAGAAUCUUCCACAGAACUCUGCAGCGGACCAACAUGACAGGAAACGCUUGCCCCUGAGCAUUGAUUUGCUCAGUAGCCCAGACUUACUAGAAACAACCAUUGGUGAUGUAACCAGGCCAUCAGAUACUUCUGCACCAUUCCCAGCACCAGAUGACGUUAAUGUAGCCACCAGGUCACAUGAAUUAGAGGAACUCAAAGCUGACUGUGAGACAUUAAAAGAUGACACGGAGAAGCUUAAACAGCUCGACAUGGAGCAGAAUAUCUUGCCAUCUCUUCACCCUGCCAUUGACAUUAAUGUCAACAGCCAGGAAGAAGUGGUAAAGUUGACUGAGAAAUGUCUUAAUAAUGCUAUUGAGAGCCCAGGAUUGAACGCAGUAAGGGUUCCUCCUGACUUCAAGAGUAAUAUUUUGAAAGCUCAAGUAGAAGCUGUACAUAAGGCUACAAGAGAAGAUAGUUUAUUAACUCAUAAAAAUGCCAGCGUUCAGGAUGCUGCCACAAACAGUACUGUGUUCAGUGAAAAUAACAUGCCUCUCUGCAAAGAUUCUCUCACUCCAGUGCAUGGCACAGCUGCAGACAGUGACUCUGUACUAAAGGAUGCUACUGAUGAGCUGGACGCCUUACUUCUUUCUCUGACUGAGAAUCUGAUGGAUCACACAGUAACACCUCAGGUUUCCUCGUCAUCCAUGAUCACACCCCGGUGGAUUAUUCCAAAUUCUACCAUCUCCAAUGGGCUCGCAGGAUAUGGGGCAUCUUUGACAGGGACAGAAGGAUGUAAUCAGAAAGAUGGAUUCUCGCUGAUUUCCCCCCCAGCACCAUUCUUGGUAGAUGCUGUGACCAGCUCUGCCCCUCCUCUGCCUGGAGACUCAGCCUUGAAGCAGAAGUGCUUGCUGACUACUGAGCUCUGAGGGCUGCUGUUCCCUACCUGUACUGGGAAUGCCCCGCACCAUCCCCGGUCAGCCCUGGGGCCAGCUGAUCAGCUCCUUUACUUGGGGAAAGCCUUCUACCAGGAUUUGACUUUAACUCCAUGAAGAGAGUAGCUACAUUCUCCGUCCAACUGGAAGUCUACCCCAUAUCACUGCUUAAUGAAGAUACCUCCUCCUGUAACUGUACUGCAUCGCCAAGUCCUGAAGACAUGAGGGGAGUUUCCUGCAAACUGUUGGCUCCACCUAGCGGUUGCAACUGUUUAUAGCUUAGAGCAAGGCUUGCUGUCCAGAGCCUUUCACUGCUGGUCCCUGUAAUGUCAGGUGAGCACACCCGACCUGACCUGCGACCUGCGUGUCUGCUGCAAAAAUGAGUGGCACUUUCCUGUGCAUUCCCUGGAAAUCAGAAUUGAGGAAACAGAUGAAAACCCCAUGUCAGUAGAUUCAGGCCAGCUCUUGCAUAGUUCCUAGAAUUCUUAGAGAAGCUGAGAACAUAGAGGGGUGAAGAUGUCACCCACACUUCCACUUCUGAGCAGUGUAACCUCAGUAUGUAACCCAUUUAUCAAAGAUAAAUGUUGUCUGUGGGUAACUACAGAGAGGUCGGUCUCUGGGCAUGUCCUCCUUAGACCCCUUUUCCUGUCAGAAGCAUCUGAAUCAUCACCUGUCUGUAACUUUGCAGCCUAGAGGCAGCCGGUGUCUGCUCAGACCCGAGGCCUCAACCUGAGGCCUGUGCUCUCCUGAGCAGUGGAGAAUGCAGCCCUACUAGGCUUUCCAGUUGGGAAGGGCUGUCUUUAGGCAUAGCUUCCAGUUCCUUUUGGGAUACACUGAAAGGAAGAGAAAACAUCUGGCAGAAAUAGGGAAUGGCGGUGAGAGGGAUGGGUCCUUGAUGAGUGUAAUGACCGAAGUCAGUUUACAUUAGGGGUUUUGUAUUCAUUUUAA